GGGUGACACACAUGAGGGCUCUUGUGUUGGAUUUCCUCUUCCUUUUGAGUCAACACUUCAUCCAAAGUGGAGACAAAACAGACAAUUGAUGUCUCAGUGAAUCAGUUGCCACUCAAUUGAUUACCACAUCUUCACCACAAGAGACACCGACUGUUGCUGACAAUGUUGAUGCCCAAGAAGGACAGGAUUGCGAUCUACGAGUACCUCUUCAAGGAGGGCGUGAUGGUGGCCGAGAAGGACUUCCACGCACCCAAACACCCGGCGCUCGAGAAGAUCCCGAACCUGCACGUGAUUAAGGCGUUGCAGUCGCUUAAGAGCAGGGGUUACGUGAAGGAGCAGUUCGCGUGGCGCCACUACUACUGGUAUCUGACCAAUGAAGGCAUCCAAUAUCUGCGGGAUUUCCUUCAUCUGCCGCCAGAGAUAGUGCCGCCGACUCUCAAACGACAGGUCAAGACCGAGUCGUCCCGACCCAGGACUCAGAAGGCCGAAGACGGCGCUCGACCCCAAAGAGAUGGCGGACGAGAUAACUACAGACGCGACUACGGGGACGGCGGACCUCCGGGUGACCGACAACGCGAGCCCUUCAGAGGGGGUUUCGGACGAGGAGGCGGUGGUUUCGGUCGCGGAAAUCAAUAAAGAUUUUGUUAAUAAAUAUAAAAACAUUUCGAAACAAUUAAUAAAAAUCAUUUAAUAAGAAA